AUGGCCAGUCCGCGCCCUCCCCUCGGCCGGAUCCUCCGCCUCGCCGCCGCCGUCGCCGUCGCGGCCUGCGCCUGCUUCCCUACCCCCAUCUCCGGUAUCCGGAAGGACAUUGGCUUUAUUGAACCAAUUGUGUGCAGAAGCACUGUUCAGGGGCGCCAUCUGAUCUCUGAUGAUAAUGGUUAUGUAUGUUCUGCACUUUCAAUCAAUCCAUGGUCUCACUGCUGCCCAACAACAGGGGAUCGCUUUUCCUGCCAGGGCUGCAAAGUUGAUUUACAGUGCUGCAAUUCAUAUGAAUAUUGUGUUUCUUGCUGUUUGAAUCCUUCUAAGAUCAAGAAAGAAGAUGUGCUGAAGCUGAAGGUAGCUAAGCCAGUUACUGCUGGAACAUACACAAAUGUUUUCGAUUUCUGCAUGGGAAGAUGCCGCCAUAGCUCUGCAAGUGUGGUUCAUGAAAAUGCCUAUGCCAGUGACUUCUAUCACUGUUUUUCAGUGCAGCAAAAUUCAUCAGGAUCAACUGAAUCUAGUUCUGUAUCAAAGUUGUUGGGCAUUAACGUUGUAGUAGGAAGGCCCGGGGAAUCCUGCAGCUUGGUUUGCAAAGUAAGAGGACAGUCAUGUGUUCCAAGCAGGCUCUCUGUGCUGAACAAAUGCGAGAUGUCAUAUUGGAUAGGAUAUCUUGUGUACUCUUCUGAUUAUGCUGUUUAUCACCUACUUCAAACUGACAUUCACUGUGCUGUGCUUGCUCCAAUUUCUGAAAAUAGUCAGCCAUUUAACCAGCAAAGUGUUAUGGGCUUAUGGCUAGGAAUUUACGAGGCAGCACAGGGGAUCUGGAGAGCUGAGAGCUGA